AUCAAAUUCAUCAAAAUCAGUUGAAUAUCUUUUAUUGUGUUGCAAACUACGUGUAUGAUCAAUAUGGCUCACCAUCAUACCAUUUCAGGGUUAGUUGGGAAGCUUAUUACUGAAUCCGAGGUUAACUGCAAUGCUGACAAAUAUUACGAAAUGUUUAAGGAACAUGAAGACAUUCCUACGGCAAUCCCACAUAUUUACACUGGCGCCAAAGUGAUCGAGGGACAUGGAACUACAUCGGGUUGUGUCAAGCAAUGGAACUAUAUUGUUGAGGGUAGACACGAAUUUGUCCACACGAAAAUAACACACGAUGACGAAACAAGGAUGAUUCGUUAUGAUGUUAUAGAUGGAGAGGUGAUGAAGAUAUACAAGAAGUUUGAUGCAAUUCUUCGAGCUAAGCCUAAGGCUAAUGGACGUGGGAGUAUUGUGAGCUGGACUAUCCAAUAUGAGAAGAUUGACGAGGAUUCUCCCGUUCCAAUUGACUAUCUAGGUUUCUUCCAAUCGAUAAUCGAGGACUUGAACUCUCAUAUUUGUGCUACUCAAUAAAUUCUCAUCUGCGGUCCAUAAACCGAUAACAUCCAACAGAAGUCGAUUGGUACAUAUUCCGGUCUGUAUGGUGUUUGUGUGAUAAUAAAUAGUAAUUUACAUGCACGAAUGACACAUGUGUGGGUCGUUUAUUUCCUUUCAUUGUGUAUCAUCCUUUGUUUGGUUUGUUUAGUUCUUCUCGUUACGUAUUAUCUUCUGUUUUAAACCGUAUAAAUAUGAGCCUAAGUCAUUCAAGUGGCUGUAUGUAGUCUGUGCGUAAUAAAAAACCUCAUCAUGAGCAAAUGAGCUAUUAUUUACGUAUAAAAA